AUGAACGGGUGCAACCUCUACUCACAGAACGGCAAGCUGAAAGAGAACGUUCUGCAUGAGGAAGGGUUUGUGGCUGGUUUCGCCGUUCCCAAUGUGGUGAGGAAUCAGAAGUACAGAGCAGCGACGUUCGUCUUUGAGGUCUUGUACGAGCAGUUCAGGUUCUUCUUCAACCUCUACUUCCUCCUCGUUGCGCUGUCGCAGUUCAUCCCCGAGCUCCAAGUUGGGUUCCUGUUCACCUACAUCGCUCCUCUGGUCUUCGUGCUGUCCGUCACCCUCAUCAAGGAGGGUUACGACGACUACCAGAGGUACGUGAGAGACAAGGAGGCCAACAGCCAGCGAUAUGAGAGGCUGCAUGCGGACGGGAAGAAGAAGAGCGUCCCCAGCGCCGAUCUCAAAGUCGGAGAUGUUGUUUUCGUGCCAUCCGGGGCCCGAGUUCCCGCUGACAUGCUGCUACUACGCACGAGCGACAAGAGCGGAACGGUUUUCAUCCGGACGGAUCAGCUGGAUGGAGAGACGGACUGGAAGCUCCGGCGAGCUCUUGCUGGGACGCAGCGAUCGCCAACUGACGACGCGAUCAUCAACGUGCGAGGAUCGGUGUGGGCAGACAAGCCGACCAAGGAGAUCGAUUCCUUCAUAGGAAAUUUCACGCUGGAAGACGACGGGCUCGAUGAUCGUCUCGAAGCUAACUCCCGCGGGCUCGAGCACGUGGAGCCACUCAGCAUCGACAACACUCUAUGGGCCAAUACCAUCGUGUGCGGAGGCAGCGCCGUCGGCCUCGUCCUUUAUACCGGCGCCGACACUCGCGUCGCCAUGAAUGCCGAUCCUCCCAAGUCGAAGGUCGGUCUGGUAGACAUUGAGAUCAACAGGCUGGCUAAGAUGCUGUUCGCGUUGAGUUUGGUGUCCUCGUUUGUGAUGGUCCUGCUGAAGGGUUGGACCGACACCUGGUUCCAGUCGCUUUUCCGCUUCGUCAUCCUCUUCUCAAGCAUCAUCCCCAUCAGCUUGCGAGUGAACGUGGACAUGGCGAAGACGGCCUUCUCCUACUUCAUGAUGGGCGACAAGGAGAUCCCUGGCACCAUCGUCCGAUCUUCCUUCAUCCCCGAGGAGCUGGGGAGGAUCGACUACCUGCUCUCGGACAAGACUGGGACCCUCACGCAGAAUCAGAUGGAGAUGAAGGAAAUCCACAUGGGAGAGGUCUCCUUCGGCAGAGAGGCGCUGGACGACGUCAGGUCCCUCCUCCGCAAGGCCUUCGAGAUCAAGGAAGAGACUUUCCGGGGUCGCCCGCCAGUCCAGCUGAGGACCCGCCGGCUGAUCGAGGCCCUCGCGCUGUGUCACAACGUGAACGUGACGCUGGAGGGAGGAGAGGCGAUCUACCAGGCCUCCUCCCCCGACGAGGUCGCGCUCGUCAACUACGCCAAGCUCACCGGCCUCGUGCUCGAGGACAGGACGCUGACCGCCAUCAUUCUGCGACGGCCGACGGGGGAGCAGGUGGAGUACGAGAUCCUCAACGUGUUUCCCUUCAACUCGGACACGAAGAGGAUGGGGAUCAUCCUGCGCGAGAACGAGACCGGGAGGAUCCUCUUCCUCAUGAAGGGAGCAGACGCAACCAUGACGCCGAUAGUUGAGUUCUCGGACUGGCUCGAGGAGGAGUGCGGAAACCUGGCGAGGAAGGGGCUGAGGACGCUGGUGAUAGCCAUGAAAGUUCUCUCCAAGGAAGAAUACGCCGCCUUCUCACAGCGGUACGAGCUUGCCAAGAGGUCGCUGCAGGACCGCGACGCCUCGAUGAGGACGGCGGUGGAGGAGCUGGAGUGCAACCUGACGCUGCUGGGGCUCACGGGGGUCGAGGAUAAGCUGCAGGACCAGGUGAACUCAACGCUAGAGACGCUGAGGAACGCAGGGGUGCGAGUGUGGAUGCUCACAGGCGACAAGGUAGAGACGGCGACGUGCAUAGCGAUCAGCUCGCAUCUCUUCGCAAGGAACGCCCCCAUCUUCCACCUGCUGGCCGCCAACAAGGAGCAGGCGGAGGAAGAGUUCAAACGGUUCCAGAAGAAGCCCGGGGCCUGCCUCGUCAUCGACGGCCGCUCGCUCUCUCUCUGCACAGAUAACUUCCCUCGGCAGUUCAUCGAAGUCGCUUGCAAGUGCCCCUCGGUCGUCUGCUGCCGCUGCCUGCCCACUCAGAAGGCCCUGAUUGUGAGGCUGCUCAAACGGCACGCCAAGAAGAGAUGUGCGGCGAUAGGGGACGGGGGCAACGACGUCGCGAUGAUCCAGGCGGCGGAUGUGGGGAUAGGGAUAGAGGGGAAGGAGGGAAGGCAAGCCUCCCUGGCGGCUGACUUCUCGCUCACCAAGUUCAAGCACGUGAGCCGCCUCAUGCUCUGGCACGGGAGGAACUCCUACACGCGGACAGCUCGGCUGUCUCAGUUCGUCAUCCAUCGGGGCCUCAUCAUCUCCAUGAUCCAGAUCGUCUUCUCUGCCAUCUUCUACUUCGCCACCAUCGCCAUCUACUCGGGCUGGCUGGUCGUCGGGUACAGCACCGUCUACACGAUGCUGCCAGUCUUCUCGCUGGUGUUCGACGAGGAUGUUGACCCGGACACAGCUUUCAUGUACCCGGAGCUCUACAAGGAGCUGCAGAAGGGGAGGAGGCUGUGCACGAGGACGUUCUUGGAGUGGACGUUCAAGAGCAUCUACCAGGGGGGAGUAAUCAUGCUCCUGAGCAUCUUUAUGUUCGACGACUCCUUCCUCCGCAUCAUCUCCAUCACCUUCACGUCCCUCCUGCUCACUGAACUGCUCAUGGUCGCCCUCGAGAUUCAGAAGUGGAAGCUGCUCAUGAUCGUCUCUCAGAUCCUCAGCCUCGCCGCCUACGUCCUCUCCUUCUUCCUCCUGCCGACCUACUUCGACGUGGGCUACAUCUUCUCUGGCAGCUUCUGGCUCAAGGUCACCGUCAUCACCCUCGUCAGCUGCCUGCCCGUCACCAUCGGCAAGUGGCUGCAGCGUCGCUGCUCGCCUCCGGCUUAUCUCAAGAUCGCAAGGAGCCGCGAUGGCUUCGACUUCUGA